UCUGUCUUCAUUCUCUUUACCCAUCUCACCACCUCGACAAGCUCAACGCUGAGCUGUAACCGGAGGGACUCAACGUGAUACGCUGCUCUCAGAGAGCCGGACGACAUCAUGGCCGAAUCUAGACCGCUUGUAGUGGACAAUGGUACAGGGUUCGUCAAGUGUGGAUAUGCGGGAUCCAACUUUCCCGAGUUUGUCUUCCCCUCUGUUGUCGGACGACCCAUUUUGCGAGCGGAAGAACGCACUGGAUCUUCGUCCAUUCGAGACUUGAUGAUCGGAGAUGAAGCGGCAGAGAAUCGUUCAUUCCUUCAGAUGACACAGCCGAUGGAGCAUGGAGUCGUGAAGAACUGGGAGGAUAUGAAGCAUCUUUGGGAUUACACCUUUGAUGAAAAACUCAAGGUCGACACUCACGGGCAAAAGAUUCUCCUCACUGAACCGCCCAUGAACCCGAAAGUCAACAGACAAAAGAUGUGUCAGGUCAUGUUCGAAGAGUAUGGAUUUGGGGGUGUCUACGUGGCUAUUCAAGCCGUCUUGACCUUGUAUGCUCAAGGUCUCCAAACCGGAGUAGUCGUCGACUCUGGUGAUGGUGUGACACACAUUGUACCGGUCUACGACGGAUUCGCUCUACCCCAUCUCACCAAACGACUCGACGUUGCCGGUCGAGAUGUCACUCGAUAUCUCAUCAAGCUCCUACUCAUGCGCGGUUACGCUUUCGAGCGGACGGCAGACUUUGAGACUGUUCGAGGUAUCAAGGAAGCCCUGUGCUUCGUCAGUUACGAUCUGGAGCAGGACAAGAAGCUCAGUGAGGAGACGACGACACUGGUCGAGAACUAUACCCUUCCGGAUGGUCGUGUCAUCAAGGUCGGAUCAGAGCGAUACGAGGCCCCCGAGUGCAUGUUCCAGCCUCACCUGGUCGACCUCGAACAGCCUGGUGUUGCCGAACUCCUUUUCCAGACUAUCACUCAGGCCGCAGUCGAUAUUCGUCCCGAGCUGUACAAGCACAUCGUACUCUCCGGUGGAUCCUCCAUGUACCCUGGAUUCCCCUCACGUUUGGAGAAAGAGAUGAAGCAGCUAUACCUCACACGCGUCCUUGGCGGAGACGGAUCACGCUUAAAGAAUUUCAAGAUCCGAAUAGAAGACCCUCCCAGACGAAAGCACAUGGUGUUCCUCGGAGGCGCAGUUCUGGCAGAUAUCAUGAAAGAUCGAGAGGAAUUCUGGGUUACAAAGGCUGAAUGGGAUGAGCAGGGUGUCAGGGCUUUGGACAAGCUUGGACGAGGAGAAUAAAAUAGUGGUCUAUGUCGGUCAUCUUGCUCUGAAUUGUAGAUUGUGCUGGCGAGAAUGACAGACACACCCGAAUUGGUGGGAUGCAUGUCGUCGC